AACACCCAUUUACAUUCACUAAAGUUCUACAGCUCAGAGGUACAUGUCGUACUUUGUACAGGGAUCACAGCUCGAGAGCACGGCUCCAACAAGAAGCUGGCGGCUCAGUCGUGUGCUCUGUCUCUGGUGCGUCAGCUGUACCACCUCGGGGUCCUGGAGGCGUUCUCCGGAGUCACCAAGAAGAAGGAGGGAGAAACCCUGGAGGCGUUCGAGGUCAACGUGUCUCCAGACCUCCAGCAGCAGCUCGCCAACGUCGUCCAGCAGCUCGGAGUCCACAUCCCUCCUCCUCCCGCAGACCCCUCCAACUCGGUGUCUCUGAUUCAGGGGAAGUUGGCGACGUUUGAGCCGUCGCAGCGUCAAAGCGGAGCCGGGGUCGUCCCCUGGUCGCCUCCGCAGGUCAACUGGAACCCCUGGACCAGCAGCAACAUCGACGAGGGGCCGCUGGCCUACUGCACUCCGGAGCAGAUCAGCAGCGACCUGCAGGAUGAGCUGAUGUACCAACUGGAACAUGACGAGAACCUGCAGAAGGUCCUGUCAGAACGCGAGCAGCUGCCGGUGAAGCGUUUUGAGGAGGACAUCCUGUCCGUGGUGGAGAACAACGCGGUGGUGAUCAUCAGAGGAGCGACAGGCUGCGGUAAAACCACUCAGGUUCCUCAGUACAUCCUGGACCGCUUCAUCAAGACCGGAAGAGCCUCCCACUGCAACAUCGUGGUCACGCAGCCCAGACGGAUCAGCGCCGUGUCGGUGGCCGAGCGGGUCGCCUACGAGAGAGGAGAGGACGUCGGGAAGAGCUGCGGCUACAGCGUCCGCUUCGAGUCCGUCCUCCCUCGACCGCAUGCCAGCGUCCUCUUCUGCACCGUGGGUGUUUUGUUGCGGAAGCUCGAAGCGGGAAUCCGAGGAAUCAGUCACGUGAUCGUUGAUGAGAUCCACGAGAGAGACAUCAACACGGACUUCCUGAUGGUGGUCCUCAGGGACGUGGUCCAGGCCUACCCGCAGGUCCGCAUCAUCCUCAUGUCGGCCACCAUCGACACCUCCAUGUUCAGAGAGUACUUCUUCAACUCGCCCGUCAUCGAGGUGUUCGGACGCACCUUCACUGUUCAAGGUACCUCUCACCUCUUCACCCUCAUGACCUCCUCACCCUCAUGACCUCCUCACC